GAUGACCUUACGCCGCAAACAAAUAUCUUCAUCUUAGACGUAACAAACUAUACUUGGAAAACUCAAUACACUCCUCAAAAUCUUCCACCAAACCCGGGUAGAUCCAACACGAGUUCUAGUCGCUCUAAUACCAAUAUUCCUGCCAUUAUAGGCGGAAUAAUUGGUACGAUAGCAUUUGCAGCGAUAAUUGCAACAGUAUUAAUUUGCUUCAUUAGAAAAAAAAGAAGAUCUACGUUUAUAUCAACACCAUAUGAUAAAACUCCAGCAGCGGCACCACCGAUUAUGGGUCCUGCACCUGUAAACGAUGAUUUACCACCAGCUAUACCACCAUUGGAAAGUUUUCAAAAAGAUGGGAGUCUUGGCAGUGAUACUCAAGUUCUUAAUUCGGCAGAUCAACGUUCCUCUUUUAAUAGUUCACAUAGUAACUUAUCUAAUAAUCGAUUAUAUGAUGAACA